GAAAGACUGUGAGAGAGCUCUGAGAAGGAAGUCAUGGCCGAGGUGGUCGGCGGCGGCGAUGACAUCAAAGCUCCUGCUAGACAAGGAGAGACAAGUCAUCGUUUGUUUGACUUUGGAGUGAGCUAGUUAUUAUGGGUAUUGCUGUUUUAGUUGUUUAUAAUAGUAGAAUGGACAUUGUUGCGAGGCCGGAUUUGAGAAAUAAUUUAAUGCGUGUUGGUGUAAUCGGGGUUGAAUAACAACGGGAGAGAAUCAAUAAAAUAUUGUUGAUGGGGAUAUUAUAUUAUAUCUAUCAUAAGAUUUAACUAUUUGGCUAGCAUUGGAAGCUUCUCUUUUGCAAGGAGAGUGUUGAGAUGGAUAAGCUUCACUCUGAAGUAAAUCAUAGUACAAGACAAAUUUAAGUAAUUCAUUUGUGAGUACUUUGUAAAAUCUGUACUUAUGUGAUGGUUUCGUGGAAAUUUACAUAUCUGUCUAUGAAGACUGUGAUUGGGCGAUAAAUAAGAGUGCUCGAUUUCUUAGAUUUAAACAAUGAAGUUGGGGCUUUGGUGCUUCGAGAUUUCUGGAUGUUAGAAUUUUAAUUUCAAGUCAGACCGUUGAAAGCAGCUUCUCUUUUCAGGAAGAUUAGUACUUCCUGUAGGGCUUUGGUGUUUCGAGAUUUCUGGAUGUUGGAAUUUUAAAUUCAAGUGAGAUCGUUGAAAGCAGCUUCUCUUUUCAGGAAGAUUAGUACUUCCUGUAGGGCUUUGGUGUUUCGAGAUUUCUGGAUGUUGGAAUUUUAAAUUCAAGUGAGAUCAUUGAAAGCAGCUUCUCUUUUCAGGAAGAUUGGAGUUUAGUUCAGGGCUAUUUCCACAGUUCUACCAAAUUACCGUACAAUGCCAGAAUUGCCGAGGAGAAAAAAGGGCAAAGUAAGAUGGAGCAAGCUAUAUUCUUUCUCCUGUUUGCGACAUGGAUUUGCAGAGGAUGAACCUGUCCAAGAACUUGGUGGUCCCGGAUUUUCCCGAAUUGUCUUUUGUAAUGAGUCUCAUCUACACAAGAAGAAACCACACAAAUACCCAAACAACUCUGUGUCCACAACCAAGUACAAUUUUGUUACUUUUCUUCCCAAAGCCCUUUUUGAGCAGUUUCGGCGAGUUGCCAAUUUCUAUUUCCUAUUGGCUGCGGCAUUAUCUACAACAUCCUUGGCUCCUUUCUCCGCCCCUAGUGUUAUUGCUCCCUUAGUGUUUGUUAUAGGAGUUAGCAUGCUUAAAGAAGCGAUCGAGGACUGGCAUAGAUUUACCCAGGAUCUGGAGGUAAAUUCCCGGGUUGUAAACGUCCACAUAGGAGAUGGCAUGUUCAUAAAUAAACCAUGGAAAACACUUUAUGUUGGUGAUAUUGUUAAAAUUGAGAAAAAUGAAUACUUUCCGAGUGAUCUCCUGCUGUUGGCUUCAAGCUACGAAGAUGGUAUUUGUUAUGUCGAAACUAUGAACCUUGAUGGAGAAACCAAUUUGAAGCUUAAGAGGUCCCUUGAAGCCACACUUAGUCUGGAUGAGGAUGCUGAGUUCAUCAAGUUCCAAGCUACAAUACAUUGUGAAGACCCAAAUUCGAACCUUUAUUCUUUUGUUGGAAAUUUCAAGUUUGAAGAUGAAUCGUACCCGUUAAGUCCACCUCAGGUGCUUCUAAGAGACUCAAAGCUUUGUAACACUGAAUAUAUUUAUGGGGUGGUAAUCUUUACUGGACCUGACACAAAAGUGGUUCAAAAUUCGACUAGGUCUCCCUCGAAACGGGGCAAAAUAGAGAAAAAGAUGGAUCAUGUAAUUUAUCUUCUCUUCGCAAUGCUUGUCCUGAUUUCUCUCCUCACCGCUAUCGGGUCAGCUUUCUACACAAAAACCGAAAUAUCCAAAUGGUGGUAUCUUCGUAUAGACGAAGAUGAUUCAUUCUUCAACCCGUUGAAACCAGCAUUAUCGGGUACAUUACAAUUCUUAAGGGCACUUAUUCUGUAUGGUUACUUAAUUCCCAUAUCACUCUACGUUUCUAUUGAGGUUGUCAAAGUAUUACAAGUGUUGUUGAUCAAUAAGGAUAUACAGAUGUAUGAUACCCUAUCAUGCAAGUCUGUCGAAGCCCGUACUUCUAAUCUGAAUGAGGAGCUUGGUCAGGUGGAAAUAGUACUCUCUGACAAAACAGGAACUCUGACAUGUAAUCAGAUGGAGUUUAGAAAAUGCUCUAUUGCGGGUGUCUCAUAUGGUGGUGACAUAAGUGAAGUUGAUUUUGCUGUUUCUAAGCGAAUGGAUGCGGAUCUCGAAAAAUACGUCUUUAGUUCGCAGGGGUUUAAUUCUUUAAGCCAAAGCCUUGAGAAAUUUGAAUUUUCUUGUACUGGUUAUUCCAUUUCAAAAGCUGCUGUACAUGGUGAUAUUAUGAAAGAUCCAGGUCUGGUAAAUACAAAAAUAUCUCAUGGGGAGAAUGCAAUGAUGAUCAAGGGUUUCAACUUCCAGGAUGAUCGUCUCAUGAACAGAAUGUGGAUGAGUAGAUCACAAUUACCUGACGUUUUAAUGUUCUUCAGGGUCAUGGCUUUAUGUCACACUGGGAUACCUGUCGAAGAUGGCAAUUCAGAAAAUCUAAAGUAUGAAGCAGAGUCUCCUGAAGAAGUUUGUUUUCUGAUUGCUUCUCAGGAAUUUGGAUUUCAAUUUUACCAAAGGACUCAAUCUAUCAUGGUUCUUAAGGAGUUUGAUCCUUCUAAAAAAGUGAUUGUGGAGAGGAAGUACAAGCUCUUAAAUCUAUUGGAAUUCAGCAGUUCGCGUAAGAGAAUGUCUGUCAUAGUAACUGACGAAGAUGGCCAGAUCUUUCUAUUCUGCAAAGGUGCAGACAGCGUUAUCUUUGAAAGACUAUCCGAUAACGGUAAGUCAUAUCGGCAGGCAACAUCUGCACACCUUUCUGAUUAUGCAGAAGAUGGCUUGAGGACUCUGGCAUUUGCAUAUCGAAGAAUUCAACCAGAGGAAUAUGAGAGUUGGAAUUCAAUAUUUACAAAGGCUAAGACUACUAUAGGUCCUGGAAGGGAAGGAUUACUAGAGCGUGCAUCAGAAAUGAUUGAAAAGAAUAUGAUUUUAGUUGGAGCUGUUGCAGUGGAAGACAAGCUGCAAAAUGGGGUUCCAGAAUGCAUAGAUAAACUUGCACAGGCAGGGCUGAAGAUAUGGUUACUGACGGGGGAUAAAAGAGAGACUGCCGUCAAUAUUGGGUUUGCUUGCAGUUUGCUUCGACAUGACAUGAUACAGUUCCACGUAAGUUUAAGCAAAAAAACCGAAGCAAACAAUGUUGAGAAGGCUAUGAUAGAAGAGGUAGUGCUUCAAAUUCAAACUGCUUACCAACUUACGUUCGAAGAAAGCGAUGAUGAAAUACCAUUUGCUCUAGUGAUUGAUGGGAAAGCCCUUGAGCUUGCUUUGAGAACUGAUGUCAAGGAUCAAUUCUUACGCCUGGCUACAACCUGUGCCUCUGUUAUCUGCUGCCGUGUUUCUCCUAAACAGAAAGCCUUGAUCACAAGAUUAGUGAAGGAAUACACUGGUUGGACAACCCUUGCAAUUGGAGAUGGAGCAAAUGACGUUGGUAUGAUUCAAGCAGCAGAUAUUGGUGUUGGAAUCAGUGGCAUGGAAGGAAUGCAGGCAGUUAUGGCGAGUGAUUUCUCUUUGCCCCAAUUUCGUUUUUUGGAGCGAUUACUUAUAGUGCACGGGCACUGGUGUUAUAAGCGGAUUUCCAAAAUGAUUCUCUAUUUUGUUUACAAGAACCUUACAUUGGGUCUCACUCUAUUCUAUUAUGAGUUGUACACAAGCUUCUCAGGAGAGGUUGUCUAUGAUGAUUGGUAUAUGGUGUUAUUCAAUGUUAUCUUAACUUCCUUGCCAGUUAUAGCUUUGGGGGUUUUUGAACAGGAUGUUUCAUCAGACGUUUGCUUACAGUUUCCAGCAAUUUAUCGUCAAGGACAAAAGAAUAUUUAUUUUAGCUGGAAAAGGAUUAUUGGGUGGAUAUUGAAUGGGGUUUUUGCAUCUCUAGCCAUUUUCACUUUAAACCUUUGCUUUCUCUCCCCUUCCGCUUUCCAAGAGAAGGGAAAAGUUGCGGAUAUUGCUCAUAUUGGAGCCAUUACAUAUACGUGCAUAAUUUGGACGGUCAAUUGUCAGAUUGCUCUAAUCAUUUCUCACUUCACAUGGAUCCAACAUCUUUUCAUCUGGGGCAGCAUACUAUUCUGGUACAUUUUCUUGUACGUUUAUGGUUUACUUCCUCCAGUAUAUUCAGGAGGAGGAUUUCAUAUAUUUACAGAAGCUCUGGGUACUGCACCCACAUAUUGGUUGGUUACAUUGAUCGUUGUUACUGUUUCACUUCUCCCUUACUUUCUCCACAUGGUGAUUCAACGGUUACUUUAUCCGAUGGAUGAUCAUAUUUUACAAGAAAUGAAUCAUGAAGAGAAAGAUGUAACAGAAAGUGUAAUGUGGUUAAGAGAACAGAACAACUCUACACAAGAUACCCACAUCGGGUUCACAGCUAGGGUGAAUGCCAAGAUUCGUUUUCUGAAAAGACAAUUGCAACAGCAUAAGAAGAUUGUUGAAACAUAAAUAAACUCAUCAAAAAAAAAAGUGUAUACCAAUGAGAAGUGAACCCCGUCGCUGGAGGUAUGUAGUUAUUGAUUUUGUUCAUGUUCAGGUUGAAUCUAUACAAAGUAAAAAAAUGUUCUACUGUUUCGAAAUUGUAAAGUUCAGGUUCAGGAUUGUUUUUCUAGGUUGUGCAAUCGUUGCAGUCCUGCCCUUGAUAGAUAUGGCCCCUCGAUAAGCAUACCUUGAUUUUAUUUGUCAAGCAAUUGCCAUCUCUUUUAGUCAAUCUUUGGCCUGUGACACCGUUAUGGCCCUGGAUGAGCAUGCCUUGAUUUUAUUUGACAACAUUUUUUGUAUUUACAAGACCUGGAUCUUUCAUAAUGUCACCAUGGUUGCAAAUUCUACUGUA